UCUACCGUAUUAUGUAAAGUUAACUUGGAAAUUAUCAUUGCAACAGUUACACUUAUCAAAUCGAAGAUGGGCGAUUCCUGGAAUCCUAUCUUCUCUGAUAGCGAUUCAGAUGAUAAUCAGAUAUAUGUCGCCAGAGAUCCCAGAAAAGACAAACAUUUUGAUCGUAAACAAGAAUUGCUAUGGAAUUGCAAGGGAAAAGCCGGUAAGGUAGGACAAGGGAAACAACCACUGGUGAUUGCUGUCAUUGGACCUCCCGGAUGUGGAAAAUCGUCAUUUCUUAAUACCAUAUUUGCUGCUUUCAGCCAUGAUCAUUGGUCAGAACAUGCCAGAUAUGGAGAAUUCGGUAGGAGAGGGAAGCAAGUAACAAGAAGACUAAAAAGUUUCCAAAAGAAAGAUUACUACAAAGACAGAGAUGAAUAUCUAUUGCCAACGUUUCUUGAUAUGACAGGAUUUGAAGACGACGACGCUCCUUUGAAUAAAGAACUUUUAAACAUUGUUUUAUGCGGAAAACUGAAAGAAGGAGAAGAACUUCAUAAUGUUAUAGAAUAUGGACAACAUUUUGGUGUAAAUGCUGUCAAUGAAAAGUAUUUUGGCGGAAAAUAUUUUGGUAAAAUUCCAAAGCAAGAAGGCAUGCCGAAUCUUUUAGAUUAUUUCGUGAUUGAAAAUAGGGAAGAACAUCAUCGAGUCAAUAGAGUUGUUGUUGUUUGUUCGGCAAACCCAGACCAGCCUUUACCAGAACAUCUUUUUGAAGCCAUCACUGAUAUAACCAACAGAGAGAGAGAUAUUACCUUAUAUGGUGUACUAACGCAAGCAGACAAAUACAAAUCGAGAGAUCCAAAAGUUUUGAAGAGAGAAAAAGAAUUUAUGAGGGCGCUUGGAAUUCCAAAGAAUCGUUUUGCAAGAAUCAAGAAUUACUGUCCAGAUAUCGAUCCGAACAUGACAUAUGAAGAUACUAUCAUACCUUCCUUAGAUGUACCUGUAUUGCGGCUCAUGGGACAGGUUUUGACUGCAGAACCAACAGAUCAGGACUAUGAGCAUCGUCAAACCAAGAACGGGAAAUAUGUGCCUAAUCUUUCCAACCCAGGCGUUGCAGUAAUAACAGUAGUAACUGCUGCAUUAGUAUUAUUUGUAUUGUUUAAAUUAUUUGUGCUUCUUUUAAGAAUAUAAGUUGAUGUGAAUUGAAUAACAAGGACAAUUUGACACUCA